AUGAGAGCCGCGACUCUAACGCGACGAUUGCUUCUCGUGCUUGGCAGCGGUGCCCUCGCCGAGGACUUCCUUGUCGGCUAUGGCAACUAUCCUUACGACCCUGUUUGUGCUCAGUCGUGUCUCCAGGCCUUCCGGCCUUACCUGCUCAACUGCUCCAACUUUGAGGCAGCCAAGAAGCCCUUCGAUCCGCUGACGCCGGCCACGUCCCCGAGCUGCUAUGCGAGCGACGCGCCGUUCUUGACGUCGGCCGCGUGGUGCCUCAACACCAAGUGUCCCGACGAGAGCAUCGCCAAGCUCGAGGCCUAUUGGCAGCAAGGCCUCAGCGGGCUCAAGACGGUGCCUCCCAAAUGGGCCUACUCGGUCGCCUUGGACAGAGUCAACCCCAAGCCACCGACGUACCAGCUGACGUUCAAGGACGUUCUGCUCAACCAGACCUCGCUCAUCGUCGAAGCCUCGUACCUGAGCAGCUGGAACGGUAUGACUGGCUUGUAUAACGAGGAGGUUGACGAGUCCAAAUUUGGCAUCAUUAUUCUCGUCGUCGCCAUUGGUCUCCCCGUCGUACUGACCUGGGUCCACGUCCUGCCAUUCGCGCAAGCCAUUUUAGACCGGAUAAACCCUUACCUUGUGUAUCCAUCCAUCUUCGGCACUUUCCACACCCGUCCGCUCCCCUUCCUCCUCGGCAACGUCCCUAGCAUCGGCCAAUCCCUCUACCUCGCCGUCUUCGUCAUCCUCAACGUCUUGCUGAGCGCGGUGGACUAUAAAUCGCUGGAACCCAACGCCUUCUACCUCACGCAGUACAAGGAGGUGGUUAACUACAUUUGCAUCCGAACCGGCGCCUUCGCUUUCGUGCUCAUGCCGGUGCUGCUGCUCUUCUCGUCGCGCAACAAUGUGCUGCUCUGGCUCAGCAACUGGCCGCACUCGACCUUUGUGCUCCUGCACCGCUGGGUUGCGCGCCUGUUCAUGGUCUACGCCAUCGUUCACUCCAUCACGGCCCUGCGCAUCUACCGCGCCUUCGAGGAAACACCCUGGUGGUACUGGGGCAUCGUCGCAACCGUGCUGACCGUCGCCCUAAAUGUCUUCAGUGGCCUGUACAUCCGCCGCCCGCAGUAUGAGCUGUUCCUCAUCUCCCACGUCGUCCUGGCUGUGCUCGUCAUGGUUGGCAGCUGGUAUCACCUCAUCGGCUGGUAUGCGUACCUAGGCAAGACCAUCGCGAAGCACAAUACGUUGGGCUACGAGCUGUGGCUGUACUUUGCGGCCGCUGUGUGGUUCUUUGACCGCCUCGUCAGGGUUGGCAGAAUUUUGAGAUGGGGCCUGCAGCGGGCGCGCGUCACUGAGCUCGGCGGCGGUUACCUGCGCGUCGACCUUCCCGGCGUGCGCUGGGGCGCGGAGCCGGCCAGGCACGUGUUUGCCUACUUCCCGACGGCCCGCCCGUGGACGCCCUGGGAGAAUCACCCGUUCUCGGUCGUGCCCACUAGCUUUCUGCAGGGGGUGGUUGUCCCCGUCCCCAGGGCCGCCAAGCCCGAGCCUCAUGCGGGCGACGAGGAGAAACAGCUUGCGACCUCGCACGCGUCAUCAACAACGCCGCCGCCGACUGAUGAGGCUGGUGUUGCUACCGGGAUCACGCUAUUCGUCAGGAAGUCGGCAGGCUUGACAAGCUACUUGAAGCCGAACUCGAGUCUGCUCACCCUUCUAGACGGCCCGUACGCGAGCAGUGGGUCUACUCGUGAGGUUCUGCGGUGCGACCGGGUGCUCAUCAUUGCAGGUGGCAUUGGCAUCACUGGCGCGCUGCCGUGGGUGCACAGCCACCUGAACCUGAAGCUGGUCUGGAGCGUCAAGGAGACAGGGCGCGGCCUGGUGGAUGCGGUUGACCUGGGACGAGUGGCGACCAAAGAUAUCAGGAUCGGAUCGCGGUUCGACUUGGAUGCGCUGCUUGCCGAGGAGGAGAGCGCCGGGUGGGCUCGGGUGGGUCUUGUCGUCUGCGGGCCGGGCAGCCUCUGCGACGAUGCGCGGGCUGCUGCCGUGGCCGCGGGGAGACGGGGCAAGACUGUCUUUGAGCUCGAGGUGGAUGCAUUUUCCUGGUAA